CAGUUAUAUUGUGUAACGUUAAGGUGUUACAAUAGUGACAAGCUGUGCUGUGUGAAACAAUUGAACCUAAUUUAAAUCACCAAUAAUGUGUCCCGUUUUUAUGUCGCUACAAUGCGUUUCAGAUGUUUCACCGUGUGAUCGUAAAUAAUUGAAAAGUUUGUGAAUGGAUGCUGCUGGUCAGUUCUUGUGAAUGUACCAUUUUUUGGGGAAUAUAGUUGCUGGCUGAUCACCUGUUUCAACCGUUACCCCGUUACGCGGGCGUAGUUUUUCGGGUCGAAGUGUGUCACCCAUCACCCGUACUUCAACAGGCGAGAAAGCAACCGGUUGUACCGAUUGCGAUAAUGUAUCGAUGUGCUAAUUUGGGUGUGAAAUUGUACCAUCAUAAAAAUGAGGGCAAAAUGAAGUGAAGGAAACAUUUGCGAAAUAAUUGAGAAAAAAAAAAAUAGACUCCUUUCAUAUGGUGGUAACGUAUUUGAGUUUUUAGUACAAGUGUAGAAACGAUAAGAAAUCCUUAGCUUCAGAACUUUGCACAUCGUGUCAGUAGUCAAAAAGGGUUUUGUGAAUGCGUUUUGUAAUGCUUCAUUGACUUGCAAGAACUUUUUAAUAAUGUAUGGUGUGAACCUGUGUAUGGUUUUGUGGGUAGUGAUUAAAAGUUACCAUUAAGAAGUCUGGGUGUCUUCGUUCAAUGUUAUCGGUUUGCAAUAAACUGCAUCGAGCAAUUGGAGAAAAUUUCUAAAAAGGAAAAAUCAUCUCUAGCGGUGAAACGUACACUAAACAAAGCAUUAUGGGACAUCUGAGAAAUAAGCAACGCCGGCAUCAGGCAAAAGAGGCAGCAUUACAACGAGAGGAACGUUUGCGACGAUUGGAGGAAAUGGAUCUGGAAAAUAUGCCACUAAGGUUGGACAUCAAAAGAAGGCUCACGUCGCGGUCGGACCGUGUGAAAUCGGUUGAUCUGCACCCGACGGAACCAUGGAUGCUGUGCGCGCUAUACAAUGGUCACGUACACGUGAUGAACUACGAAAACCAACAGCUGGUAAAAGAUUUCGAAGUCUGUGAUCUACCGGUACGCUGUGCCCGUUUUGUGGCACGCAAGAACUGGAUCCUCACCGGUUCCGACGAUAUGCAGGUGCGCGUGUUUAAUUACAACACCCUCGAGAAGGUGCAUUCGUUCGAGGCACAUACCGAUUACGUCCGUUGCAUCGCGGUCCAUCCAACCCAGCCGCUUAUUCUUACAUGCAGCGAUGACAUGCUGGUAAAGCUGUGGAACUGGGAAAAGAUGUGGGCGGUGCAGCGCGUUUUCGAGGGCCACACGCACUACGUCAUGCAGGUUGUGUUUAAUCCGAAAGAUAACAACACAUUCGCCAGCGCAUCGCUUGACCGUACGGUGAAAGUGUGGCAGCUCGGAUCGAACGUCCCCAACUUUACGCUCGAAGGCCACGAAAAGGGUGUAAACUGUGUGGAUUAUUAUCAUGGCGGUGACAAACCGUACCUCAUUUCCGGUGCUGACGAUCGGCUGGUGAAAAUCUGGGACUACCAGAACAAAACGUGCGUCCAAACGCUCGAAGGACACGCACAGAACGUUUCUGCGGUUUACUUUCAUCCGGAGCUGCCGAUACUGCUAACAGGCUCGGAGGAUGGUACAAUUCGGAUCUGGCAUUCGGGCACAUACCGAUUGGAAACGUCACUAAACUAUGGUUUCGAACGCGUGUGGACAAUUGCUUGCAUGCGUGGCACCAACAACGUGGCACUGGGUUACGACGAAGGUUCCAUCAUCAUAAAGGUUGGCCGUGAGGAACCCGCCAUGUCGAUGGAUGUGAAUGGAGGCAAAAUCGUGUGGGCUAGACACUCCGAAAUGCAGCAAGUGAAUCUAAAAGCACUCCCCGAAGGAACCGAAAUCAAGGACGGCGAACGGCUACCGGUGGCAGUGAAAGACAUGGGUGCGUGUGAAAUCUAUCCACAAACAAUUGCCCACAACCCUAACGGAAGGUUUGUGGUGGUGUGUGGCGAUGGCGAAUACAUCAUCUACACAUCGAUGGCGCUACGUAAUAAAGCGUUCGGAUCUGCACAAGAGUUUGUGUGGGCGUCGGAAAACAGCGAGUAUGCCGUGCGUGAAUCAAGCGGCACAGUAAAGCUGUUCCGCAAUUUUAAGGAACGCAAAAGCUUUACCCCAGACUACGGUGCAGAAGGUAUCUUUGGCGGCCAAUUGCUUGGUGUGAAAACUUCGUCCGGAUUAACAUUUUACGAUUGGGAAAAUCUGGAGCUAAUCAGACGAAUUGAAGUGCAGCCAAGACACGUAUUUUGGAACGAAGCGGGCACACUGGUAUGCUUGGCCACCGAAGAUUCAUAUUUCAUACUGAAGGUUGAUAUUGGAAUGAUCCAAAAUGCGUUGGCUACGAAGCAACAGCUAAACGAAGAUGGUAUCGAGGAAGCUUUCGAUGUGCUGGGCGAAGUAAACGAACUGGUGCGUACCGGUCUGUGGGUGGGUGAUUGUUUCAUCUACACAAAUUCUGUAAACCGAAUCAACUAUUACGUUGGCGGUGAGAUCGUAACCGUGUCGCAUCUCGACCGGACCAUGUAUCUGCUUGGUUACGUGCCGAAAGAUAACAGGCUAUAUCUAGGCGACAAAGAGUUAAACGUAACCAGCUUUGCCCUGCUGCUGUCCGUACUGGAGUACCAGACAGCCGUUAUGCGACGCGACUUUGAAACGGCGGACCGUGUGCUACCAACCAUCCCGAAGGAGCAUCGUACCCGGGUCGCUCACUUUCUGGAAAUGCAAGGAUUCCGCCAGCAGGCGCUACAAGUUUCGAUCGAUCCGGAGCAUCGUUUCGAGCUGGCACUGAAGAUAGGCGAUCUCGAUACGGCAUUACUGCUGGCCCGUGAAUCCGACAGCCCACAGAAGUGGAGCCAGCUCGCCGGCAUUGCCACCAGCAAGAACAAGUUCGAUCUCGUAAAGGAAUGUCUGACGAAUGCAAACGACUACGGUGGUCUCUUGCUGCUGGCAACCAGUACGGGCGAUUCGGAUAUGUUGCGGAAUCUGGGCGAAAACGGUGUCACGCAGGGCAAGUUUAACAUUUCCUUCCUGUCCAUGUUUUUGCUGGGCGAUUUAGAGAAGUGUCUAGAAAUUCUGAUCCAAACCAAUCGGAUACCGGAAGCAGCAUUCUUUGCUCGGACGUACUUACCAAGCAAAAUUUCACACGUGCUCGACAUUUGGCGUACGGAGCUGGCCAAAAUCAAUGAGAAGGCUGGCCAAAGCUUAGCCGAUCCGCAGCACUAUGAAAAUCUGUUUCCUGGAUUUUACGAUUCGGUUAAAACACAGCAAUUUCUGUUACCGGAACGAAGCACCCUGCUACCCGCCAAUGUCGCUACCAAAGUACCACUCAACAUUGACCGCACACCUAUUGAGGAAAUGAAAAUGGCGGAGAAUGAAGGAAAGUUCGAUUACAAUCCAAGUGCAAGCAGUGAAGCGAUCGUAUCGUUACCGAAUGGCAACGUUGACGACAGUACUCCAUCGGUUUCAAAACAUCCCGAACCAACCGUCGUGAACAGCAACAUGGACAGCAGUUCCACACUUGUUCCGCCACUUAGUGUACCGCCGACGAUAAAUGCCGGCACGACGGUUGGCAAUGUAUCGGCGGCGCAGGUCAAACGGAAAAGUUCUCUCGAUGACUUUGAGUCGGAAAUAGAAGCAUUGAUGGAUGAUAAUAUUGACACGUCGGAUGUAAAUAUAGACGAUGUGGAGUUGAGCGAUGAUUGAGCGUACGGAGUGGACAUUCUCCAAUCUCAAUAACCAACCGGGGGUGGCCGCACCGGAGACGAAAGGUUUAUAGCAAAAGUAUUGUUUUUUUUUUACUUCAAGCAUGCGUACAUAAACGUAACGCGCAGGAGAUGAACUAUUUCAGUAAUUUAAUCGUUACUGGAUAAAGGUACUAGAACGACAGAACCACUGGCCACAGCAGCACUAUUCUUCCACCAUUAUAUCAUCCUCCGUUAUAGCCGUUACGGAUGGUGUAAACGGUUAUAUAUUCCAUUAUAAAGCAUUGGUACAUUUAUGUUGAGUUAGUCCAUCGAAUCGUACCUCGGAUUCGGGUUGAAGGAUGGCAAAUAAAACAAACAAAAUAAGUGUUUGGGCAUAUAGUUAUCACAAACAACCACCAACGGACGUUAGGGUUAGUUAGAUGCUGAGAGACGAUAAGAAAUAUCAUUUAAUUGUAAUAUUUUUUUUUGUAGUAAUUAUUCGCCAAUGUGUCUCUUACUUCAAUAAUAUAAUGCAUAUUAAAUAGAUUUUUUUAUUAUUAUUUUUGUUAAUAAGAAAAUUCUUUACUUGCCACGAAGCGAUAAUUUUGAAGCAAUGGUAAUAGUUUUUUUUGGGUCCGAAGGAAAAGUUUUUUUUUUAAUUUUUUGGAGGAAUGUUUAGAAACCAACUGGAUUGAGCAGGAAAGGAUUUGUUGUCAUAAUUUGUUUGUGUACAGAAUAUGCUGCUUUCGGUGAACUUGAAGUUCACUCUCUGCCAUCCACCUAUGGCAAGUCGGUUUUUUAGUGGCGUUUGGUAGUUUGUUGCUGGUAGGUCGUCUACUCGUGGUAAACUGUUCCGAUCUUGUUGCUGUCCAUGUUCGUAAUAGGUAAACAACCAAAACUUACAAUGUGAGAAAUAUUGAAGCCCUAGCAGUCCUGCUUGUAAUUGCAAACAUUCCGUGUGAAAUACGUUUGUGAGGUGCAAGCAUAUUUCGUUUUCUUUUAUCUGCAAAUAUCCCCAUACACAUGAGAAAUAGGUCCCGACAUUUUGGUUUUCAAUUUUGUUUCAUUGUUAAGGCUAAAAGGGACGAAAAAAAAUGUUAUACUUUUUCACGAGGGAAUUUACGUAACCGGAAACACAAACCACUGCAAGCAAGUUUGUUCAACGCCCUCACUAUAUCGAUAUAUAAUAACAAUUAAUUAUAAGUAAAUAUUAUAAAAGAAAA